AUGGCGCAUAUUCGUAUUUCUGUUCUUUUCGCUAUUAUUCUGGCCUUGGUAUUUACGGCGUUAGCUACGAAGAGUAAGGUCUUACUCGUUUCCUUUGACGGUUUUCGGUACGAUUAUCUUGAUGAUGUCGACACGCCAAACUUCGAUGCCAUGAAAAACGAGGGCGUCAAGGCGGAGUAUGUUACUCCAGUGUUUGUGACUCUGACUCUGCCGUCACACUUCACCAUAGUAACAGGUCUGUGGGCAGAGAGUCACGGAGUAAUCCACAAUAUCAUGUACGACCCGAUUUACAACGAAACGCUGACUUCGGAAACCAGGAACGAAUCGAAAUGGUGGGACAUGGGUGCAGAGCCCAUAUGGCAGACAGCAAGGUUUCAAAACAAAACUAGUGGGAGUUAUUUUUAUUACGGCGGAGACGUUGAAAUUAAGGGACUGUACCCUAAUGUAUACAUCGGUCACCCUGAUCCGGAAGUGCCAUGGGAGAACCGUGUUGACACUGUAAUGGAAUGGUUGAGUGAUUACGACAUUGACGUCGUCACUCUCUAUUUCGACGAGCCCGAUCACACGGGACAUUACGACGGCCCUGAUUCCGACGAAAGGCGGGACAUGGUCGUAAGAUGCGACAACACACUGGGCUACCUACGUGACCAAAUCGAAGCUCACGGACUGACUGGAGUGUUGAACGUCAUCAUCACGAGCGACCACGGAAUGUCUGAAAUCAACGACGAGAUGAAGAUAGAACUGUACGAUUAUGUCGAACCCAAUGACUUGUAUCAUGUGACUGCCGAUUACGGGCCGGUAGCGUUGAUUGAACCUAAGAAUGGAAAGCUGAACACGGUUUUCGACGCGCUGAAAGACGCUCACCCCAACAUGACAGUGUUUAUGAAAGAAGAUAUACCAGAGAGGUUGCAUUAUCGGGACCAUUACAGAAUAUUGUCCUUAUUUGCAUAUUCAGACAGACCGUGGGAAAUAGCAACGAGAUGGGAAGAAAAUGGUCAAGUAGGGGGUCAUGGUUUUGACAAUGAAGACCUAACAAUGAAGAACAUAUUUUUAGCAAGUGGACCAGAUUUCAAGAAAGGUUUUUUGUCAAAACCGUUUGAGUCCGUAGAUAUUUACCCCCUCAUGUGUCAGAUUUUAAAUUUGCAGCCCGCCCCCAACAAUGGGUCACUUGAUAACGUCAUAGAUUUACUUAAUCUUGACGCCAGUGGCGUUAGUUCGAAAGAGAUUUCCGGUCUUCUGACAUUGGUGUGUUUGGUCAUCUUUUUUAAUAUUUAG